UAUAGCAUUGGUAUAACAAUGUUCAUCUCCAAACUUCAAGCUUCCAUGGCUAAGUAUGAAGCAAGUGAGUUGAUCAAGAAGUAUCCAAGAAAUGGUGAUGAUGUUCAACUAAAAUCUUUCAGUGGCAUUGCUCGAGAUUCAACUCAACUCAACAAUCAAGGCAAGAUACCAGAAAUCCUAAAAGAUAACAAGAAUGUUGGGCUCAAGCUUAGUUCAAAUGCUCACCCAAAGACAUCUAAGUUGCAAUUUAGUCGAGAGCAGAUGAAGGAGAUCUUUAGAUAUCAUGAUAGCGAUAAGGAUGGUUUUCUCAAUUUAAGGGAGCUAACUAAAGCUUUUGCUUUUCUAGGCUCAAUUAUUCCAUUUGAGAAAGCUUCCUAUGGCAUGACAUAUGCGGAUGCAAAUAAAGAUGGCCUUAUCAGCGAGGCUGAACUUGACAAACUCAUUGAUUAUGCUCAGAAAUUUGUGAAGAAGAAAUGAGCU